AGUAAGAUUGGAUAAGUGUAGAUAUGGAGACGGGGCCACACAAGCAUAAAGCCCAGGCCCUGUAAAACUACAACUAGGUAAAUACACACAUGUACAUAUAUUACAUACAUACAUACAUAGAGUGGUACUUUGUUAUAUGUUCAUUAAUUUAUUCCAGAUCCUUGGACUAAUACCAAACCAUUUUUUCCCCACAAGAAAGAAAGAGGAAACAUUAAUUGGUUCCCAUGAAGAAAACAAAUCCUAUUGUUGGCAUAACAUAUGACACUGAUGAAUUGGUAUAAGGUGGGCAUGGAUUAUGGUGGCUCCAUGCUGAGCUGGACAGGUGGCCAUGAGCUCCCGUGUCCCCCCACCAGACUCCACCAGUGUGCCUACUGUACUUACACCACAAAGAAGAAAGCCCACUUGGUGACACAUAUACGCCUUCACACUGGAGAACGGCCAUUUGCUUGCUCUCAGUGUCAGUUUUCCACUGUUACAAAGGAAAGACUAAAGAGACACAUCAGGAUUCACACAGGAGAGAAGCCAUACAGCUGCCCCCAGUGUCCCUACAGGUCUGCUGAACUUGGCAACUUAAGGAUCCACAUGAAAACUCACAAGAUUAGGGAAUGAUAAAUUUUUUUUAGCUCUACAUGGAGAUUUAAAGAUAUUUUUUUAAUGUAUGUAUAUUUUGAAUGUCAUGUUUUCAGUCACAUGAAGUUAUGUUCUAGUAUUUACCCAAUGUUUCUGUUAAUUGAACUUUGUAUUUGGCACAUAGCCAUUCUUAUUCUUUUAUGAAACUCAUUCAGUUGUGAAUAUUAUUUCAUCAAUUGUUUAUAUAAAAUAUACCUACCAUCAUUGUACAUUA